AUGAGUACUGCGGGGCAUUCGGAUAUCGCACCCGUAGGGAGCGGUAGUGGAAAAGAGCAGGACUUUCACUAUAAAUUCACUGUGCAAAAGGGAUUUUUCCAGCAGAGUGAGGAUGAGACGGAUGAUAAGGAGUUUGAUUUUAAAACUUCGAAUUUCGGACUGAUCAAUCGUACAUAUCCUACGGACUCUGAUGAAGACAAAGAGAAGGGAACGCAAUGGCAACGCUUUGAAAAUUAUGUCCACAGCCUCGAGGCUUCCAAGAAGGACGGCGAAAGCUACAAGGUGCUUUUCCUAGGUCGCCACGGUCAAGGGUGGCACAAUGUUGCGGAAACAAAGUACGGGACUAAAGCUUGGGAUUGCUACUGGUCCGCUCUCGACGGCGCAGACGGCAUCACCUGGGCAGAUGCGCAUCUGACCCCCCUCGGCGAAUCCCAGGCAAAAGCCGUGAACGAACUUUGGUCCGCUCAACUCGCAAAAGGGAUUCCAGUACCAGAGACAUAUUAUGUUUCUCCUUUGACACGCACAAUCCAAACAGCCACCCUCUCCUUCUCCUCUCUCCCCUUCCCUCCCACACACCCAUACAAACCCCUCAUCAAAGAACUCCUCCGCGAGGCCCUGGGCGUCCAUACCUGCGACCGCCGUAGCACCCGCUCUGAAAUCCAAGCUGCACACCCCGAUCUCACUUUCGAACCGGGGUUCGCUGAGGAAGACGAGUUGUGGCUGGCUGACUACCGCGAACCGAGAUCGGCCAGGAAUUAUCGACUUGCGAUGUUGCUGGAUGAGGUGUUUGAGGCGGAUGCGGGUGUGGUGGUGUCGAUGACGAGUCAUUCGGGGGCGAUUGGGAGUUUGUUGGUGGGGUUGGGACAUCGGGAGUUUGCGCUUGAGACGGGGGGCGUGAUACCCGUGUUUGUCAAAGGGGAGAGGGUACAAGGGAAACGACCGGUUCCGCCAAAGGAACCGAGUGAUGCGCCGCCGUUAUGUCCGGAGCCGCCUGUAGACAUGUAA